CCGCCCCCGCCCGGCGGUCGACUCGCAGGCGCAGCAGCGCACGGAGGCUGAAGCCGCUCAGGAACUUCUUAAGCUAGCUGAGAUAAAUGAGCCUGAAACACGUUAUUUAGCGUAUAUUUCAGCCUAUAAAAUAUAUAAAACAGGUUUAAUGAGGCUUUAGCCGCACAUUAGGUGGUAGAACGGUAGAUAGGACUAUAAGAAAGGUGUAUAUUUGUGUAGUUUAGCUGGCGAGGUAUGGCCGACAUCGACAAGCUCAACAUAGACAGCAUCAUUCAGCGCCUUCUGGAAGUGAGAGGGUCAAAGCCUGGUAAGAAUGUUCAGCUUCAGGAGAACGAGAUUCGUGGCCUGUGUCUCAAGUCUCGCGAGAUCUUCCUCAGCCAGCCCAUCCUGCUGGAGCUGGAGGCUCCUCUGAAGAUCUGCGGGGACAUCCACGGGCAGUACUAUGAUCUGCUGAGGCUCUUUGAGUAUGGGGGCUACCCACCAGAGAGUAACUACCUGUUCCUUGGUGACUACGUAGACAGAGGAAAGCAGUCUCUGGAGACCAUCUGCCUCCUUCUGGCCUACAAGAUCAAAUAUCCAGAGAACUUCUUCCUUCUCAGGGGCAACCAUGAAUGCGCCUCCAUCAACCGCAUCUAUGGAUUCUACGAUGAGUGCCGAAGGCGCUACAACAUCAAGCUGUGGAAGACGUUCACCGACUGCUUCAACUGUCUGCCCAUCGCCGCCAUCGUGGACGAGAAAAUCUUCUGCUGCCAUGGAGGCUUGUCUCCAGACUUGCAGUCCAUGGAGCAGAUUCGGCGGAUCAUGAGGCCCACAGAUGUGCCUGAUCAGGGUCUCCUGUGUGAUCUGUUGUGGUCGGACCCGGAUAAGGACGUGCUGGGUUGGGGCGAGAAUGACCGGGGGGUGUCCUUCACGUUCGGGGCCGAGGUGGUGGCUAAGUUCCUCCACAAACACGACCUGGACCUCAUCUGUAGGGCCCACCAGGUGGUGGAGGACGGCUAUGAGUUCUUUGCCAAGAGGCAGCUGGUGACUCUUUUUUCUGCGCCGAAUUACUGUGGGGAGUUCGACAACGCGGGGGCCAUGAUGAGCGUGGACGAGACACUCAUGUGCUCUUUUCAGAUUUUGAAACCAGCAGAGAAGAAGAAGCCCAACUCCAGCCGCCCAGUGACUCCGCCCCGAAACAUGGUCACCAAGCAGGCCAAGAAAUGAGGUGCUCUAACAGUCCAGUGGCCGUUUUUUGGGACUUGUAUAAUGUGGUUUUCAUCCGUCACACAGCUUCAUCAGAGAGGCAGUUGCUUCUCUCUGGCAUCGCGGUCGCGUGAACUCACUCUGAACUGUCGAUUUUUAUUAUUUUAUUUUAGUUUUGUUUUUUCGCUCUUGUAGGUUUUUUUUUUUUUUUUUUGUCUUGUUCCCUUCCUGGUUUUUCGCAGUGACCAAGGAACAACAGCAGCAGCGACUCCAGAUGAACUGGACCGGGUUUGGGAACUUUUUCACCCUUUUUUUCUUGUUUUUCUUCAAUUUUGAGACUAAAAUUGCUUUUUGCAACUUUUUGAAUUCUUCAGGAAGCACUUUUUCCUUUUUUUUCUCGCGCUUUAUUUUUGUCGGCAGCAUCAGCAACAGCAGCAUCAUCCCUCUCUCUUUUUCACACACAAGUUAAUACAGGGAAGAUCUUUAGCAUCUGUGGAAGCACUCCACCACACUUGUGUUAUUUGUUAUGGUGCGAUAAUUAUUAUUAUUAUUAUUGUUAUUUUUAUUAUUUUUACUAUUAUUAUUUUUACUUAUCAUCAUUUUGCUCCCCAGAUACACCCUCUCAAACCACUGUGAACGAUAAGAUGUAAAAUGUAUUAACUUUAAUAUGAAGCAAAUGGCAUUUCUGCGGAGGUUGUGUAGGUUUUCACUCUCUUUCACUGGUUUGUUCAGCAGUGUUUAGUAGGCGUUUAGGUUCGUGAACGUGCCAUGAGACUUGCGUUCCCAUCAUAUUGAUCUGAUUUGAUCUGAUUUUACAACAUGUUCUAUUGUUCUAUUAUUUUUUAUUAUUAAUAUUAUUAUUUUAAACUUCUUACAGGCGAAAAACACCAUGAAAGCACCCUCUAUCAUAUGUAUCGAUCUGUAGCAGUGAGUACAGAGAGAGAUCUGGAUAUUUUCUGUGUGUGUGUGCGUGUGUGUGAAUGUGUUCGAGUGAGUGUGUGUGUAUGUAUGUAUGCAUUUUAUGAUAUUACAGAUUAUAUAUCAAGAUAAAGCAAGCAUCAGUCUUUUAAUGCUCUCUCUGUAGAUCUAAGUAUUGUUUUAUUGUUUUAUUUUCUUAUUUUUAUUCAGAUGCCUUGUUAACUUCCUCUCGUUUUUUUUUUUGUUUGUUUUUUUCUCCCCUCUCUCUCUUCUUGACGAGAGAAAUUUCUGAUUUCCUAUUUCCAGGUUUCGGCUCCAGAAGCUUUUUGCAUCAGAUACGAGCAUGUGAAGAUCUAGGUUUCUCAUAAGGACUUUUCGUUGCAUGCAUCUUUAGGUGUAGGUGUGUAGGAAGCAGACAGGCCUUCACUCUUUCUCAGGGCAUGCAGGAUUUGGCAUGUCUUCAGAUAAUGUAGCUUAACAUCAGGUAUAUCGAUUAACCUUCGACUUUCAACCUUCUGCUUUUUCACACGGUUUCAGAGAUGUUCCAUCUUCAUCAUCAUCAUCAUCCUCCUCCUCCUCCUCCGUGUCUCACCCCGUCCCACUGUAUAUACCCACAGUCCGUUUUGUUCAGUCUUGGCAAUAACUCACAAUUUUCCACAUUAUAAAGAAUUGUAAUACUUGCUUAAUAAAUUGAAUGGGAAUGGGGGGGCAACACUGUC